AUGAAGACAUCAAAUCCACAGCCAGCUGGCCCGUUUUUCAUGCAUCCAGUACAUUGGCAAGUAGUUGAUGAGAAUCUGUUUAAGGCCGUCGACGAGCCUGUUCUAUGGUUCAGCAAGCUGGUCAAUUCAGAAAAUUCACAACAGCCGCUUACUGUUCCACAUGAUAAAAUACAGUACUUCGAGAAAGGAAGCCCUCCUUCCUCAUAUGCGCAUUCUCCUCUGUUUCUAGGCAUGACCCUACCUGUUACACUGCACAGUAGUAAACUAGAAAGCAUGAUUGGUGGUGCGCCAGGAUUGCUGUAUAGUAAAACCAAAACCGCAAUGCAUAUAUAUUGGCCCUCCGUUGGCACGUUUUUUAAGAAAUCAACCAUGAUUGAUGUGUGGUUUCAAUGGAAAAAACAUGGUCCGAGACAUAUGCUAAUAGUCAAAGUUGAAGAGCAAGGAACAGGGCCAUCUGGAGCUGGAGCAGAGCCAUCUGGAGCUGGAGCAUCAAAACGUCCUAAACUAGGUGGCGUUUGAAGAGAUUACGAAUGUCUGUAUCACAGAUGUAAUUUUCAUUUUGUCUGAACUUCAUUCUAUCUACCUGUUAUAUGGUGAGCACUAUAUCCAAUAUGUCUACCUAUUGUAAGCACUAUAUUCAUUCUGUCUACUUGUUAUAUGGGAAGCACUAUAUCCAUUAUGUCUACCUGUUAUAUG